AUGACACAUUCCGUCUUACCGGUGCUGAUCGUGGACGAUGAGCAGAAUUUUCAAUACUCCCGUCGUUGGGGUGCAGAAAUUGCAGAGGGCCAAGUCGCUUUCAGCGCUCAGGAUGCUCAAAUCGGGACCGCCGAGCGCCGACGUUCCACAGACCACCACAGCCAGCAUCAUGACAAGCCAGUGCAAGAGAUUUUACUAUUUGGCCCAGUCUCCUCCGCUACCAUCAACCGUUUGACUCUAGACAACCGGGACUAUCUUCAUCCCAAACAUUGGCCUGACUCUCCACAACUUGUGAUCACAUCGCCGUUGCCAAGGUCAAUUCUCGGAGAUGCAGCCCUGCUUCACAGACUCUGGCAAAGCGAGGGACCGCACGGUUAUGGUGGAUCAGGUCGAGCACUCGUGACGCCAAUUUGGACACUCGGACUCAUCUUCCCGCCCCUGACUGCUGUACUCUUGGCGGCGUCAGUUAGAUUGCUUCUGCAUACAACUCGAAAUCUUUCUCCGGCCUACAAAGUCCUACAGGCAACGCUAGGGAUUGCCGUGCAGCAACCACCUCAUUAA